GGAGAGCCCAGCUGCCAUCUCCUGUGGAGCCAGAGCUCAGCCUUGCUCUGUCCCUGCCAGCAGCCACCUUCUGCCCACCGCCCAGCACCACCUCUGUGACCACCCAGCACCACCUCUGCCACCAUGGUGCACUGGACAGCCGAGGAGAAGCAGCUCAUCACCAGCAUCUGGGGCAAGGUCAACGUGGCCGAAUGCGGCGCCGAGGCCCUGGCCAGGCUGCUGAUUGUCUACCCCUGGACCCAGAGGUUCUUUGCCUCCUUCGGGAACCUCUCUGGUGCCGCUGCCAUCUCUGGCAACCCCAAGGUGCAUGCCCAUGGCAAGAAGGUGCUGACCUCCUUUGGAGAGGCUGUGAAGAACCUGGACAACAUCAAGGGCACCUUUGCCCAGCUGUCUGAGCUGCACUGUGACAAGCUGCACGUGGACCCUGAGAACUUCAGGCUCCUGGGUGACAUCCUGAUCAUCGUCCUGGGUGCCCACUUCGGCAAGGACUUCACCCCUGAGGCCCAGGCUGCCUGGCAGAAGCUGGUCCGUGCUGUGGCUCACGCCCUGGCCCGCAAGUACCACUAGAUCCAAGGUGGCCAAGGGCCUCCAGCAGCCUUGAGAUGUUCCUCUGGAGCCCACAGCUUCCUACAGUCAAAUAAAGCUCAGCCUUGGCAAGCCUCUACUGAGUCCUUCGUGUC